GUGGUCUAAAACAGCCUCAAAAAUCCCCACUUGGGAACAUACAUAUUGAUGAGAAUUUUGGUGUCAAUCACCCUUGUCUCUAUUGACAACAGUCUGUGAUUGGUUGGCACUUUUGAAGGCGGGCUGUAGUAAUGUUUACCUUCUUGCUUCACCCCCGUGGCUUUUUUGCGCGAACUGUCCUAUUGAUAUGCGUACCUGCAAUCACAACCAAUUGUUCUACGAUUUCGCACAUUUUAACAAUACAUCGCGUGGGUAUGAUCAUUAGCUUCUCUGGCGACAAACUGACAACACCGUUUCAAACUACGCUCCUGCACCUCUGUUCCGAUCUCGUCAACAUGCCCAAAACUAAACCGUCCAAGAAGUCCCAAUCGGCCGCGUCUGGGUGCAGCAUCAACGUCACGAUUGACGGACCAAGCCACCGGCUGAGCGCGCGAGCUCGGGGCGGCCCACCGACUCUAAGAAAUCCUCGGCGGGACUGGCGUUUCUGGCGCGGAGCUUCCACGGCGGUCAAGACCGAGAUCACGCCUGUCUUCAGACGGUGGAUGCGUGAGACGGUCCCCGAGCAGGACAAGCUGGACUUCGCCAUGCUGGACUUGGACGGAAAGAUUGAGGAGAUAGCCGGCAGCGCUCUUCUCUUGGCCGGGCCGCUAAACGACUUCUACCUCACCAAGAUCGGGGGAGAAGUCUCAGCCCGGCUCAAGAGAAACAACAGUACCGGCAUGGCCAGCUUCGAGAGGGACAUCCCACCGACCGUGUUCUCGCAGCUGAUGUACCUCAUGAAGCGAUAUGGCGGCCAUGUCGACCUGUCCCAGACCAGCAAACCCGGCAUGUACGGCAACGUCGAGGUGACGAUCACAAGCCUUGACGUUCUGAAGAAAGUGCUCAGUGGGACAAGAUCUGAUGGGAGGAACUACCUGGCCAAGUUCCAUUUUGACAAGGAACGAACCCCUGAUGGAGUACGCAGCCACUACAGGGGAAAGAGCAAGGUGGUGGUCAGUGAGUCCAGGCCGUUCCGGUUCUCAUACAACAGCAGCAGAGGGAGGCUGACUGUCUCCUUCUACCGACAGACCUGGGACCGGAAUGGCCUAGUAGAGGACACGAUGCUGCAGGCUGCUCUCUAGAACUAGAACUUUUUGAACCGUCCCGUGAAAUAUAUAGGCUAGAUGCAUUGAGUUAGAUCAUUGAACUAAAGUAUAGGUGUAAAGAGGUCAUACCAUCUAGAAUCUACAGUCUCUUCUCUCUUUUUAAAACUUGUGUAAACAGAUUGGCAGAGCAUUUCCAGUACAUUUUUACUUUUUAGUCGACAUUAUGUAGCUAAACAUUUCGUCCUUGAUUAAACAUGGUCUAGUUGUAGUGUACUUAUGAGCAAUAUUCUGUUGUUUGGAGGAGUCUGGUUGUCUACCAACGUAGCGAAUGGUCGUUCAAUUUGUAGUGAAUGAAAGGUGUUCAUUUAUUCAAUAAAGGUCAGACAAUUGAA